AUGAACCCCCGACGAUCGGCCUCAGUCGGCGCAUUGCCGCGCGAGAAGAAGCAUUUCGUGUCGCGCACCGAAAGCAGUAGUGGGGCUUCGCUCGACGUUCGCUGCGCUUGCCAAUACUUCCAAUGCGACUCGCUGCUCCCCGAACGCAUAAACCCCGCUGGUGAUUCACGUCCGACCUCGGCUAUGGGAUUCCACAGCGACUUGGGCAGUGAUCAUCAUGAGCAUCUGCAUUCUCCAAACCACUUUCAGGGCAUCCAUCUGGACUCCAUGGCGCAGAUGGACCAGCUCUCAACUCGCAGCUACCAGAUUGGCGGACACCCGCCACACAUGGACAUUGACCGGUUCUCGAUGGGCAGCAUAGGCGGUCAGCGUACCCUUGACGAUAGUACACCGCAAGUAGAUGUGUCCUUUGUUGAAAAAUAUCCCGAAUUGGAAGAGGUAGCGCGUUCUCGUGGAUUGGUGGUGCGUAGUAUCUCUGAUGCAAAAGAAAAUGAAAUGGGCCCGCCAGCGUCAUUUAUGGCAGGUCAACGUAGACGGCAGAUGUCGCUGAGCCGCAUGUCUAGCGGAGGUAUGCGCGACCCGGACGCUUGGUCAACGCGCAGUGUCACCUCUUUGCGACGCAUCUCUCGCUCGCCAUCCAAGUCCGACCUUUUUGUGGCUGAUAUUAAUAUACCGACCAAGCGUCCUGAGAGAUACGAAAUGCGCUCAGCUAGUACCAGUCGUCGCACUUCCAACGUUGACUUAUCACAUUUUGCCUCACAUCGGGGACCGCCUGCCUUAGCGCUGUCCAUGGCUGAUAGUUCACCAGUGAUUCCGCUCGGUUCUCCACCACCGCUUCGGGAUCAAGGUCAACAGUUGGCGGCUCCCAAAGUGAAUCUCAUCGCACCCACGCCAGCCACUGAUGCAGCGGAUAUGCGUCCCGACUUUGAGCGCGCAACAGCGUCUAGACAAAGGUCGCCCUCACCAGUCGCUACGGAUUACCGUGUUGCUAAACCACCUGUAUCCACAGACUAUAUGCGUCCAGAGGAAAAUAAGGAAAACGUACGUUACGUAGAUUUUGGACAGCUGAUGCCUCAGAACCGGCCGAUCGAUGUGUCGCAGUUUUCUUCCUAUUCGGAUGAGAAGAUACAAGAGGUGUCGCCGCAGUUGACAACUAAGACUGCAGGUGGGUGGAGACCUUUUGCGCGGGCUACUUCACCUAAACCCACUAUAGCCGCCCCAUCCACUAUAACCAAAAAAGAUCCUCUACUACAGGAAGUUGCUGAGUUAGAGAACAUAGCAGCCAACAGAAAUAUUGAAGAUGUGAAUGACAAUAUUCGGUUGCAAACAACUCCACCUCCUUUACCUUCCGGCGAUAUAACACAUCCUUCCACAUUGCACCCCGUAGAAGCGACAAACAUUCAAAUAAUCAGUAAAGUACCGGCCGUGGAUGUCGAUCAGCUGGUGCAGAGUGAGACGCGAAAGGCAAUCGAGGCAAGGUUGCGUUCCAAAUCGCCUUCUCCAAUUCGUCCACAAUCGCCUCAUGCAAUGGACACGUUGCAAUUGCCCGGGACAGUUGUUACCGGCAGCUUGUCCCUUGGUGUGUUGGGAAAACAGCAGGCGCUUAAGCGACAACGCUCGCCAGAACGAAAUAUGUCGCCGGAUCGUAGCAAAAAGGCAGUACCUAGUGUGCAGAAAAUGGACGCGCAGACCAUUGAAAUGCACUUUAGCGAUAUGAGUAACGAAAUACCGUUGCAAGACGUCCCACCGGAAGUGAAGUCCUCGUAUACGUCACGCUUUAAAUCAAUGUUCACAUCCAAUAAAAGUGCAACGCCACCAGGUGAGCCCCCUUCAACACCCGAUCGUCGACGGUCCCCAUCGCCGGCGCGUGGAAGAUCGCCUACACCCCAGCGUGAGAAAUCUCCUUCGCCAAUACCAACUAAGCUGAUGGGAAUGUUUUCUAAGUCCAAGCCCACACCAAUGUCGAUAAGCACUGGCACCUCGGCCGUCGUAACGAAAGCAUCGGAAAAGGAGCCAAUGUCGGUGAAGGUGAGGGAGACGUUUUCUCUAAAAGUCGAUGAAAUGGAUCAAUACAACGCGCGUCCAUCCAAACCGCCACCGAGCUCCGUUCAGCCAACCCCACCCAUCACAGCAUACAGCAGUCGCGAAGACUUUUCCACGAUAGAGCAAUCCUCCAUAAGCAUAGCCGAUGCAUUUGCCCCCGUUGUAGUACCUGCACUAAGCAGAGAGCAGUUUAUGGCCGGAAAUAGAAGAUUUUAUUCAAGCGAAAUGGAUUCACAAUCACGUCGCAGUGAAUCCGAGUUUAAUAGAGCCAGUAAGGAACCAUCAGUUGGGAGCGGAAGUGUUAGCCAUUUCCAUAUUCCAAAAGGCACUCUGAUUUCAGUGCCGAUACAUAUUGGUUCUAGUAGUGUUAGUGGAGAUUUAAGCCAACGAACGUCAUCUGUUGGAGCUUCACAAUACACUGUGUCACGUCCUCCGUCUGCGGAUGGUCGGAUUGGGAUGUCGAAAUUGGUACGUAAACCUUCCUUCAACGAUGGUCGAACACAGUCGCAAGACCGCGCUCGAAAAUUGCACGGCUCACAUGAAGAUUUGUACAGUGGCCGAAUGACUAAGACGGUUAGUUUCAAUUUCGACGAACGCAAAUCGCGUUUGUCAGACUUCGAAAGUUCCAAUCUGUCGAAUCAGCAUAAAGAAAACAGAGAAUUUCUCGAACGGACGUACUUUGCUCGUGAUCAUGAGUACGAACCGAUCGCAUCGCCGUCAGAUAGUGGGAAUGCCUCUGCGCCGUCGGAGCAAUUAAAUUUGUCACGGAAUAUUGCAAUGCUGCACGAGGAAAUCAGAGACGCAGAAGAUCUUCAACAAGAUUUGGAGGAACGUUAUUUGAGCUCCGAAGCAACAACACCUCGUACCGAGUCGCGUACGGAUUAUGAAAUACACACUAGUCAAGUGGAUUCAAGUGCCUUGGAAGAGCUGCCGCUGAAGCCAGAAAACCGUAAAAAGGGAUUCAUGGCCAGCGCGCAGGAUCGUACUCGCAAAAUGCAGGCCGGCAUAAAGACCCAGGCUGGAAGAAUUAAAACAAAGUUGCGCACGCCUGCAAAGAAACCAGCCUCGUCAAGUCCCAAAGCUAAGGAGCGCAAGCGUUUCAAAGCACCCGAGUUCUCGAAAAUUAAAAUGCCGGAAAUCAAACGUCCCGAUAUGUCGAAACUUAAAGACUUCAAACGUCCCGAAUUCACGAAGUUCAACAAACCAGACAUGUCGAAAUUUAAACUACCCGACAAAUUUUCGACCCUUAAGCUUAGAAGAAGUAAGUCUUUUAAGGAAAACGAAGGCCAAGAUGAAGAGAUGGAGGCAGACACCGGGAAUGCUGCGCAGCCGCAGCAGCAGAAAAGAAUGUUCGAUUUCAAUUUCGGCACAUAUCCAAGAGCGUUCCGCAAGAAGAAGCCUGUAGAGUCGCAAGCAUCACUGGGAACUGAAACUGCCACCGAAGGGGUCAGCGUCAUUCCGAGCACUGAAACACAGCCAUCGCUGGAAUCUUCCAGCUCGCCGCAAGGUGAUCGAGGUCCGGGGCCUGUGCGCUCGCGUUGGGCAGACAAAUUUUCAGAUGUUAGCUAUAAUGACAGCGAGGGCUCCCGCUACCGUCGGUAUGGUAGUGAGCAAGAAAGCUUCGACCGAGAAUCAUCACUGGAACGGCGAAUGAAGGACGAUUUGGAGGAAACUGGGAGCGAACAGCAGGAGUUGGGAAUAAUGGGCGGAGUUGCUGAUACAAAGCAGUUCGCUGAAUUUGAUGAGGAAAAUCGCGCAAUUCAUGAAAUAUCCAAGAUGCGUGCCGGCGAAUUCAGAAGGCGCCCCAUAGUCCAUCAAGAUUCCGAUUUGCGAUCUGAAGACAGUAAAGAAGUAGAGGGGUGGACAGAGAAGGAAAUUGAAAAAAAUAAACUGCUUCGCAAAGCUGAGUUGGAGGCAGAAGCGAGCUAUCUGAAAUAUCCGCUUGAAGACGGAUUGCCACAGGAAACCCAGUCAACUUCUAGCUCGGGCAAAAAGGUCGUAAUGGAGGAAAUCGACGACGAUGAAUUUUUCCUACGCAAGCGAGGCGUCUCCGAAGAUAACAUCGAACUGCGGCAGUACAUAAGUAAUGCGAUACGUGAGGGCUACGACAGACCAAUAAACACCUUAGAUCAUGUAGGACAACACAGUGAGCGAAUGGAGUAUAGGGAUUACGAUAUUCCACCACCGAAACCGAAGCGCCUGCACAAAAGUUACGGACCACAGGACAUAUCUCAAGAUCUCGAGUCCCAACGCAGCGAAUACGGCGACGAAUUGUCACUGUCUCAAAACGGCAGUGAUUUCUAUAGUGCACCCAAGCGACCAUUGCGAAAGGGACGCAGUCGCAGCAAAUACUCAAUGGACAGCCAAGACUUUCCCGUUGCCGAGAACUUACGUCAUGAACCUUAUUUCGAUGAUGACGAGGAGUAUCUGCGUCCUCCACGCAACAGCUACAAAGACAAUGAGGAGGCAGAAAUGAACGACUUGAACAUAGUCGGCAAACAAGUCUUCCCAGGGGAACCGAAGGGUGUCAACGAAGGAGCGCCGGCACCACAAGCUCCACGGCGCCGAAAGCGUGAUACACGUGACAACUCGAUGGACAAGGAUUCGUAUAUAAAUGGUUUCGGUGGUCGAUCGGUUUCUAAUAGCCGUUUACAGCCAACCGAAGAUGUAAUAGUUUAUCGCACUGAGCACGAAUAUCCUAUUUCCCUUGCUUCGCCUGAAAAACUCGCAUCAACGUUGGAGGAUCGAAAAUCCAGACCAAUUUCUAGAUAUGACGAAGACGAUCGGACUUCCCGGGGAGCCGAGUCAUUGGGAUUUGAUGAACAAGGCGAAUCCCAAGCAGACCAACGGUCGAGCGAUGGAAAGGACAAGUACAUUAUCGAUAUGAUGGAGAAUGAUGGCUACGCAAUCGUACGGAAGGAACACUUGCCAAAGCCAACGCCACCAGCUCGCAGGAAAAAGUUCUCAAGGUCACCGGGCGAGCGCUUCACCACCAUAGCCAGUGCUGGAGCUGGCAAGAGCGGCACACCGCCGCCACCCGAGCGGCCGCCCCCACCACGCGCAUACACGCCGUCCACAAUGGAGGAGGAACCAGUGCCGCCACGCCGAAGAUCAACUGCUAGUGUAGAUAUAGCGGCAGCAUCCCAAAUACUGGAUGAUGAUUAUGAAGAGCCGGAAGCGUUGCAGCAGGAACGCCCUGAAUCUCCACGAGACUUACAAUCUGGCGAGAUUAUAAACAAAAUGAAAUUCAGACCGCUGCCACCUCCACCACGCCCACCCCGCGAAAAACGUCAACGCGCCGAAUCCAAGAGUUCAGCGCAUAGCGCUUUCAACGCGCUAUACAAUCGCGAGAUUGCUGACGAACAAAUUGCCACAUCUUCCACGGCGGAAAGUUACGAUCCGACCGACGUCGAUUUGGAGGAGGAGGAAACACGCCUACCUGAGGUUGAGGUAUCAACUCAGACCGACCCCUUGCCGGACGAUUUCGAAUGUGAGGAAUUCGAAAUCACCGAAGAUAUGAGAAUAAUCGAGCCGCGUAUAAAUAGUAUGAGAAAAACUUUGGAUGAGCUAUUAAGGGAAGAGGAGUUGAAAGCCAAAGAAGCUGAAGAGGCGACACCUCAGCUCACUGAAGAAGAGCAAUUAGCACGGGGACUGCAAAGAUUCCGCGACGCCAACCAACGAAGCAUUUCAGAGCGAUCGCGCGCCUCUUCGCAGGCGGACCACUCCAAAUCUCAAAGUCGGCCACAAACCCCCUCUGCCGUUGUUAUCGAAAGACGCGUUUCGACGCCGAUACCCAGCCAACAGAGUGAAUCGAUGCUGGAGGCAUCGUUGAUUGUACGACCAAUUGAUGAUCUAGAUUUGGAGGAAGAAGCAUUACGGAGGGAAGGUCUGCUCACGGAUAGCUCGCAGCAAAGCAAGUCCGAUGUGGAGGCAACGUCGCAUGACGAAGAAGAGUCGAAACUCGCCGUUAGCGAAUAUUCAAGAGGUCCAAGCUCUGAAGAGCUAAAUGCUGCACUUGAUGAGCUACGCGCUCAAGGUGGCAGCAGCAACUAUGGAGAAGAUAAAGGAGAAAGUGUGGAGGGCGAGCUAAAUGAUUAUGAUUACGAUGAAAAGAUGUCAGACAUAGAUAUACCCGCUUAUGACUACACCAAUUACCUGGGAGAGGAAACGUCUGAGAAAGAUAAUAAGGAAGAGAAAAGUGUCAGAAACGAAUACCUAUCUGAAACUGAGGAAAUAGAAGCCCCGCUAAGUGCGUCUGAAGACGAUCAAAGACGCGAGAUCAAAGACGAAAUCUCAGUAGCGCCACCAUCUGCGUCUGAAGAUGAACAAAAAAGCGAGAUCAGAGACGAACUCAGGGUAGAAGAAAGUACUGAAGAACAAAAGAACGAAUCUCAAGAGAUUGGGGAAGACCUCCAAAGCCCUAGAGAUGAGGCGCUUGAGGCAGUUCGAAUGGAUCACACACGAGAAGUAGAGAUUGUUGAAGAGCCACCCUUGCCACCACCUCGCCGCAAGUCAACAACACUUGACAUCCCGCCGGCACUUACUUUAGUGGAAGAGCUAUCGAAGGAGUUGACUCCUGUGCCUUCGUCGACAGCUGCCGUCCCGAUUCCAACGCAACCUGAACUACCUGCGCACAUAGGGGAUCUUGAAGUCGAGCGUUUACGUGUUCAUGCGCUUCACGCUGGCCAAAUUAUGGUUUCACAGCUGCAUGGCACGCAAAUAUCGGCCGAAGAACUCGAAUGCAAAUCGGGAAAUUUAAUUGUGAAGAACAUCGCUUUGCCGGAAGGCUUCAUUGAAGAUAUUGUAGAGCGCGUGCGCACCACCGACCGUCAGCAUUUGCUAACCGCUGAAACACAGACCAGUUUGCAAGCAAGUAGCGAAGCAUUGGCUACGGAAGACAGAUCUCCUCUAAGGGAAAUAGUGCCGCCACCAAAACCACCACGACAGCGCGACCUGGAAGCAGCGAAGCGAACGGUCGAUACUUCCGAAGAAAUCGUCUUACAGCAACUCAGAAACUACGACGAAGAAACACAAACUGACCCAGUAUCAUUCUCAGCUAAUGCGAACAUCCCACCACCACCACCGCCAGUGUAUACCACGACCGAGUAUCUACAAUCAUUGCCGCCAAUAGGUUUCUAUAACCUGCGUCGGGGCGACGAGCAGCCAUACGGCAGCAGUGCCGAUGGCAAUGAAGUCGCUCAACACCGGAGACAUCACCACCAUCAUCGCCAUCAUCGCAGAUGCGACUCAUCCUGUUCGGAAUGCGAAGACUACGACGAAUUGGCUGAGCGAGAGGAAACGCGCUCUCGCUCGCACAGCCGGCGUUCGCGCAGCAGCACACGUCCACCUGUUGAGCCACAAACUGUGGCAAAAGCAGGCAAACAAUUUGUGUCCGCUUGCAGCUUGUCGAUUGUGCAAAUGAUAAACCGUCUGACGGCCGCAAUUCGAGGCGGCGAUCCGGACAAAAAUGUGCAAGCGCAGGUUCACCAUAUCCCCACACUGGUGGCCCUUUUUGUUGUCAUAUCUUUUACACUGAUCGUGUACAUGCUAUCGGGCAGAAAUGUGCACACCCACCACUGGGACUUUUUCAACCCUCCAGGGAGUGGGCCACGACAAUCGUAGAAUUGCAUAGCUCAAAUAUUUUUAGUUCCUUUUUUCCAGACGUCGAAUGCGUCGAAUGACCACGCGAAGCCAGUGAUAGAGAGUUAUUUGUAUUUGAUGUUUUGCGGGAAAUUGAUUAUAAUUACGAAAUGUUUUGAAGCAUCGUGGUCGAGCGCUCAAACUUAUGUUAAUGCCGCUGCGCUGAGAUCGACUUUGUGCCGAUUGCGAUAGAAAAUAGCAGCUGGGUAUUUCAGUUUCGGAAGAAAGCAACGAAGAAAUACAUAUAUAUAUUCAAAGUAUGUAACUAUUUUGUACGAAAAUUUAACGAAGGAGUUUGUAGAAUAAAAUUAACAAAUAUUUACUUGUAUCAUGUUAAUAAUGACGAACAAUUUACAAUGCCGUGGGCGUUUUCUGAAACUAGGGGUGCGUUCAGAAAUGCAUCAAGCCAAAGCAUCUGUAUCAUUUAUUUCUAAACUAUAAUGGAUGGAAAUAUCUUAUUUGCGCAACUAAGUUCCAAUUAGGUUUUUAACAGUGGUUGCGCUUAUUUGCCAUUUCCAUCAAUUAUAGUUUAGAAAUAAAAGAGACUGAUGCUUUGGCUUUAUGCAUUUCUGAACGCAGCCUAGCAAACUUUAAUUAACAAAUAUUGUAUAUGUAUUGCAUAUAAAAAAUAUUAAUACGGAUAGGAUAUACAUACAUACAUACAUAUAUUUUUGCAAAGGAAUUUUCAUAAUGAACAUAAGAUUCAAAAUCAUGUUAAUAUACAUACAUAUAUGACAUACUCAUGUUCAGCGGCACAAAUAACCAACAGAAAAAAGUUCGCUUUGACGCCAAACCAAGAAUCAUUUUCAUUAUUCGUUUUCUAGUUUGCUUUACUAUUAUUAUUUUUCUGAAGUAAUCGGAUAUCAAGUACGUAAUGUAUUUAUCUGAUGACCCAUAAAUUUUGCAUUGUUAUCUAAUAUACUAUAUUUAUUAUUUAAAAUAAUCAUAUUCAAAAACUCACAUAAAAUAAUGUGGGUGUAAAUUUUUCAAUAAAGCAAUGUUCAAAAACUGCUUA